AUGCCGCCCUCCACAUCGACUUCAUCAUCAUCAUCUACUUCCGCCUCCCCUCCGUCAUCUCUCUUAGCUCCGUCGGCCGAGACCGCGUCACGUGGCAAGUUUUCCCUGUUCGGAGCGCGCAAGCACAAGCGGGCGGCGUCGUGUGCGGUGGUGAUGGGCUCCUCGCCCGGCGCGCCCUCGCCCGGGGCCGCCCUCCUCGCGAGCAGCCCGGCGGGGGGCGGGGGUGCCGAGGAGUGGGAGGAGUUUCAGAAGCGGUACCGUCUACUCGGCAUCGACGACGGCGGAAUCGAUGCGCGACCAAACGAAACGAAGGAGAGCAAGAAGGAAAAGGAGAAGAAGGCGGGCACGUCGCGUACGCCACGGCUCUCGAAGGGACGCACCCAUGCCGACCUGCUACACGACGCCUGCAGCAGCACCAGUACGAGCAGCUCUACAUCGGACGCGACAAAGAAAGAGAAAGAGAAAGAGAAAAAGGAAAAGAAAGAGAAAAAGAGCGCCAAGAGGGAGAGCAAGAAGGAGGCCAAGAAGGAGAAGAAGGAGAAGAGGAGGAGCCGGAUCGUGCGGCGGGAGAGCACCGACGUCGGGACCGAGAGCGCGUGCAGCAGCGGCAGCGAAUGCGAAGACGGCGGCGCCGAGGGAGCAGGCAGCACCAUCAUCAUCGGCAGUAGCAGCAGCGGCAGUAGCGACAAGGCCAAGAAGGCGUCGUCCGGCGCCGCCGGGGAGAAGCGCGGACUGGGGCACCGCGUGCGGAUGAGCAUGCGGCUCGGGUCCCGCGAGGACGUGCACUCGACCACCGCCGCCACUGCCACUGCCGGCCCGUCAUCGCCGCCGCCCACGGAGCACGGGAGCCUGCGGCUGCCGCUGUCGGCCCGGCGCGGGGUGAACCCGCUGCUGCUGGGCUCGUUUCCGCACCGCGCCACCAACAUGGACCGGGCUGUCUCCGACGAGGUCGAGUCGGGUCCGCUCACGGCCGGCCGCAAGCGGCUGGCCUCCAGCCCGGCCCGCGUGCAGGUCGGCCGAUGGGAGCGGCGCACCUUCCACUCCGGCGAGAUGGGUGGCAAUGACGCGGUGCUGAGUCAGCUGUUGAAGAUGGCGGAGAACAUCAAGAAGGGCCAGACGGGCGAAGGCGGCGCUGAAGACUUCUGCGCGGGCUACGCCGAAGGCCACGGGGCGGAGGCGGAGGACUUUGCCGGGCAGGAGGAGGAGGUGCGGCGGGUGGUCCGCGAGGAGCAGCUGCGGCGGGUCGAGGAGGCCAUCGAGCGGGAGCGAGCCAAGCUCCGGAAGCUCGAGGCCCGCAUCCGCCGGGCCGAGAAGAAGCUCCAGCGGCGCAAGCGGGCCUCGUCGGCACCCACCACCCCGUCCUCCCUCCUCACCCGCAGCGGUCGCCUGGGUCCGUCGUCUUAG